GCCCUGCGACGAGACGCCGCAGGGAACGCCAGCCACGAGGUGGCGAUGUGGCGCAUGAGCCUCGACUGGGUACAGCUGCACCGAAGGCUCGAGUCCGGCCAGCUGGCCCUCUCGGACCUCAGCGACAGCGAGCGCGAGGACGAGGACCUGGUGCUCGCGGCCGAGGCCGCCGCC